AUGGUGUGCUUCGCAUGUGCCCCACAAACUAUUAAUCUUUUGUUAAUCGCGGGUAACUCUAACUUGGUGAUCGAGAAUCUUUCGACUAAUAUUACUACCACGAUUUCACUUAUGAAGGCUAUGGCUGUUUGGAUCAAAGGCAAACCAUUAAAGUUUUUGGUAAAGUGCAUGGCUAAUGACUGGAACACAACGAUGGACAAAGCCGAACGAGAAACAAUGGUGAACAUCCGGAGGAUCACUAGAAAGACUACAAUAAGAAGCACGUUGAUGGCCAACAUUGUGCUUCUCGCUUUUGUGCCUGCACGGUUGUUUAGUAUGAGAUACAGUGACAACAUGCUGUUCUAUCGUGGCUAUUUCCCCUAUAACAUUACCAUCAGUCCAAAUUACGAAUUGACAAUGAUCGGUCAAUUCAUGGCUACGUUUUAUGCGGCCACUACGUACACAGCAGUAGAUACUUUUGUCGUUCUGUUGAUUUUCCAUGUCUGCGGACAGCUUUCGAAUUUGAGAGACGAUUUACGGAAGAUUCAUUCGUACGAUAAAAAAGAUCUGGAAAAGAAGUUGCAGAAAAUUAUUCAGAAGCAUGAAUAUAUUAGUAGGUUCGUAUUCAAAAAAUUUGUUCUUUUUGAAGAUGGUGAAAAAGAUGGAAGGAGCACAGUGAUGAUAUUAAUCAUGUCGUAUGCAUAUCUAAGAUUCGCCAACAAGAUAGAGAAUUCUUUCAACAUGAUGCUCCUCCUUCAAAUGCUGAGUUGCACCAUUCAGAUAUGCUCUCAAUCUUACCAAGUCAUUAUGUCAUUUGGAGAGCAAGAGAUGGAAUACAUGAUUUUGCAACUUUCGUUUCUGCUGAUAUACGUAGUUUAUGUGAUGUUGCAUUUGUUCCUAUACUGUUACAUGGGCGAAAAACUAACUUCCGAGAGUACAGAAAUUGCUGACACGGUGUACAAUGCCGAAUGGUACAAUUUACCUCCCAAGAAUGCAAGAUGGCUUAUAAUUAUCAUGUGUCGUGCCAGGGCUUCGCCUUUAAAAAUUACAGCAGGCAAAUUUUGUUCCUUUACUUUAGUGCUAUUCUCUCAGGUAAGCGUGAACGAGUCAUAA